ACAGGCUGUGCGCAGCGCGGAGGGCCUUAGAAAUACACGACAGUCACCCGGCGGAGUGCACAGAAAUCACUGGAGAUGACUGCUAGCAACCUCCAGCAGAAUGCAGGUCAACAGCACAUCAGUGCUAAAGAAGACAGAAAGCUCCGCAAACCCCUGAUUGAGAGAAAAAGAAGGGAACGAAUAAAUCACUGUCUGGAUCAGCUGAGACAAACUGUAGUUGGAGUCUUCAGGCUUGAUCAAUCUAAAUUGGAAAAGGCAGAUAUUCUGGAGAUGACAGUGAAGCAUUUGCAGAAUACCAAGAGCAAUAAAGUUUUUGACCCCAUCCUGGAUGCCGAGGCCCAGCAGAGGUACAGUACCGGAUACAUCCAGUGCAUGCAGGAAGUUCACAACCUUCUACUCUCCUGUGACUGGAUGGACAAAACCCUCGGGUCUCAUCUGCUCAACCACUUGCUCAAAGCUCUUCCGAGAUCACCCGGGGACCGCCCCCAGCAACCCAAGAACUGCCUGACGAGCGACAGUGUUGGUUUCCAUGCCGAUGAAACGGAAAGCCCAGGAACUUGUCCUCCUUCUCCUGCCGUGUCUGCUCACAGUCAGUGCUCCUCUCCUGUGAGGGCACGUGCCACGGAGAGCCCGCAUCUCGCCGUUCUGGAGAUGUGGCGGCCCUGGUGAAAUAUCUGUUUGUAACUUCUACGUUUGUCAGUUUAUGAUGUAUGAGUAACUUGGCUCAUGUGAUCCGAGAAUGUAAAUAUGCUUGUGUGAAUGUGAGUAUGUGUUCACACAGUGCAUAAGGGUGUGUGUGUAUACACCCUCAGUGUGCUGUCUGUGGUAGAGCCUCCUCUAAUAUGUAUCUUAUAGAUAUGCUUCUGUGCAAGCGUGCGUGAGGUGGAUCUAGUCCAGAGUAGCUCUCAUUUCAGACCCGUCUGCUUCCUCUCUGAAGUUUGUCUACUGUAGCCUGAAUUGUAGAAGGCCUCUAAUAAUCUCCUUAUUUAUUUUGAUAACACUGUAUAUCGAUUAAUGAAUCUACAGUAUCUUCAAUUUUAGAAUAUUUGUAAUAUAACAAUAAAACGCUCUUUAGCUACUAAUAUUACUUAUCUUUUCAUUACCUAUCACAUUUCUGUGUAUACAUUGUAACCAUUAUUAAUAAAUCAGUUGUUUUUUCAAAUGGA